GUCAUGCGGAAGUAAACAAUCCUCAGCUGACGUGGAGCAGCAGCAGGCUGUCACUGGACAAUCCGGAUCAACUGGGCCUCGGUCUGGUGCUUUAGUGGGACUUUACUAGCUCCAGUUUCUGUCUUAGUCUAACAGUAACUAAAUGGGCUGUGUGGGCGCCGUCUAAACUCCCAGGAUAAACGUUAAGAGACUAAAAAAAGCUCCGCAAUAAAGAUGGCGGCAGCGGAGGAGGCCAGCAGACCGUUCGCCGGGCUGUCCGACGUCUCCAUCUCGGAGGACAUCCCGGUGGAGGGGGACAUUUCCGUCCCCAUGGGCAGCUCCGCCAGGACGGACGACGAGUUCUCCACGCUGGACGAGCCCGUGAAGGAGACCAUCCUGCGGGACCUGCGCGCCGUGGGGAACAAGUUCGUCCACGUCCUGUACCCGAAGCGGAGCUCGGCUCUGCUGCGGGACUGGGACCUGUGGGGCCCGCUGCUGCUCUGCGUCACCCUGGCGCUGCUGCUGCAGGGCGGCGCGGCCGACAGCGACUACCAGGGGGGGCCGCAGUUCGCUGAGGUCUUCGUCAUCAUCUGGUUCGGCUCCAUCAUCAUCACCCUCAACUCCAAGCUGCUGGGGGGCACCAUCUCCUUCUUCCAGAGCCUGUGCGUGCUGGGAUAUUGCAUCAUGCCUCUGACGGCGGCCAUGGCCGUGUGCCGGAUCAUCCUGGUCGGCGGCUCGGGGACGGUCAGCUUCGCCCUGCGUCUGGCGGUGGUCACCUUGUCCUUCGGCUGGUCCACCUUCGCCUCCACGGCCUUCCUCGCCGACAGCCAGCCGCCCGGCCGCAAGGCGCUGGUGGUGUACCCGGUGUUCCUCUUCUACUUCGUGAUCGGGUGGAUGGUCCUGACGUUCUCGCCGGCGCAGUAGAAGAGAAACAAAGUGUUUGUUUAAAGAACGGACAGGGAGGUAUUUGUGGAGUGAAAGAACUCAAACAAACACCGACGUCUGCCUUGGAACGAGACGAAUGACUACUGACACGACUGUGAGAGUUUCUGAUGAAGAAAACUGACAGGAAAAUAAUUCCUUGGAGGCAAAGCGAUGGCUCGUCCUCAGAUACAAAGAAGUCCGGUGAACGCUGUGCUGCAGAUGUAGAUCGAAAAAGCUGAUGAAUAUGUUCUCGUUUACGAGCUGUGUAUAAAUGAAGUCCAUAGGCUUGUAUAUAGAAAUGCUUUAUGAAUGUUUGAACUACCAGGGCUACGAUUACUAUUGUUUUUCUUUUCUGGUCUCUCUGGGUUCGUUAACACUUCAUACUGUCUUAAAGACACGGUUUCACCUUUCAGUUUCCCAAAUUCCAAGGGGAUGUUCUUAAAUGUCUUGUCUCGUCAGUCCAGAAUCCAAAGAUAUUCAGUUAAAUAUGAUAUAAGACAAGGAAAAGCAGGGAAUCAACACAUUUGAGAGGCUGAAAACUGCAUUUUCUGCCAUUUUUGCAUGAAAAAUCACUUUAAAUAAUCAACUUUCUGUCAGUCAACUAAUCGUUGCAGUUCUACACUGCAGUUUUUUGGAAAAUGCAUUAUAAAACAUGCAGAUUUUAUUGGUUGGUUAAAGCUGCAACAAUUAAUCGAUUACUUGAUCCACAGAAAGUUGACUAUUUCCAUAUUAAUUCGAGUCAUUUUUAAAGCAAAAAAUUGAUAUUUCCAGGUUCUCAGAUGUGAGGAUUUGCUGCUUUCCUCACUCUUACAUUAAAGUAAAUUUAAUAUUUUUGGGGUUUGGAAAUGUUUGUUGGAGACAUUUGAUUUAGGUUUGAGGAUUUUCUCACUGUUUUCCUAAUGUUUUGUUGACCAAAUGAUUAAUUGUGGAAAUGAUCGACAGAUUAAUCGACAACUAACAUAAUUGUUAGUUGCAGCCUGAGUUGGUUUGUGUUUUUCCUUUUCAUGCCCAACUGCAACAAGAAUACGAGUUUCAACAAGUUUUAGUUUACUUUAAGAGCAAAGGGUGACAAUUUUUUGUGCCGACAUUAAAUUAUCCGAUGGGGAGAAAUUACUUCUAAAAGAAAAACUUGUUUGGGUUCAGACGUAUAAAAUAAAUCUCAGUCUUUACCUUCAUGUUAAACUUUCUUUGACUCUUUUCAUGCUCCCGGCAGAGUUCAAACGGCAUUCUGGGAAACGUAGGAAAUCACUAACUGAUAUUUAAAACCAAUAUUAAACUACUAAUGGAUGCAGCGGGUUGACGGAAAGUGGGUUUCUUAAAAAAUAAAAUUGCAGCACUUCAUUAUAGAAAACAGAGCCAUGAUACAAUGAUUUUUUUCAGCUGGUUUUAUUUUAUUUUUCCACCUUGUACUAACCUGCCUGAUGACCUUUGACCCCCUAACCUGUUGUUUCUGUUCUCUCUGAUCACUGGGACUUUCUCUGUUGUUUAAUUUAUAUGUAUUCAUUUCCAUCAACAAAUGAGAAACAUUAAAAUAUAUUUCAUCAGC